AUGUUGGCAUCACAGGAACCAACGAGGCUGGUCAACGUCAUUCUCUCAACAGAAUGCGAGUCGUUUGAGUACCUGGGCUGUGACGGAAAUUCGAACAAUUUCGCUACAAGGCAAGAGUGCGAAAGUUAUUGUGGAGUCGGAGGCUGUGCAAAUGGUGGGGUGCCUCUACGGGAUAGCUCAGGAUCUAUCCAGACGUGCUCUGAGAGGUCCGGUGGCUGUCCGUCUACGCAUGAAUGCUACGCCGUCAGCCUAGGACCUGACACGGUAUCCCAUCGUUGCUGCCCUACCAAAUCCUACAUCUGUGCACUUCCGCCGCAACAAGGAUCUUCGCUGUGCUCAGGAGGUGUCUACAGUGUAACUCGAUAUUACUUCAACAUCGUCACAAAGAAGUGCUCUCCUUUUGCCUUCAAUGGAUGCGACGGGAAUCCGAACAAUUUUGCGUCGCUAAAUCAGUGCAACAAUUUCUGCACGGCUUCCGGUAGUGUUUCAUUUGAGGAAAGUCGAAAAGUGCAGGAGAAUUCAAAUAUUCAAGUAGUCGCGAGCAUGGCCGGCCGGCAGACUUGCAAGGCAGGUGAUGUGGUAUAUCUUAAUCCAAACAGCCAGACGCCGAUCUCCUGCAACGAUGAGAUUCAGAACAACUGCCCAAAGAAUUUCCAAUGUACCUUCGACAGCCUCACUGACAGCAAUGUGUGUUGUGGAGCUACCGACAUGGGAGUGUGUCCAGAUGGCGAGAAGGCAAGUUUGAUUCGAUUUCCGUUGACCACAAUACACAUUUUUUUUCUGAAAGCCACUACCCUUCAGGCUUUUUUGAAUGCGGUUGACAUGACCGUCCGGGAGUGUUUGAUCAACGAGCCGAACUCCUGUCCCACGAAUUAUCUCUGCCGUUUCAAUCCGACAAAGAAUCGCUACUUUUGUUGCGGAUCCACCAAGCGCAAUCACUGCCCUCCUGGUCGAGCUCCUUAUAAGGAUCAGAUGAGUCUACAGGCGAUGCGGUGCACGAUGAAUGCCCAUGUCUCCACUUGCCCGGACGGUUUUGAAUGCCAAAGUGAUGUUCGCGAUGCCCUCCAAGGGUACUGCUGUUCCGUCUCAGAUAUUUGUCCCAACAAGGAGGAAUAUUUUCUGGAUGAGGCGUCGGCCAUGCCGCGAUCUUGCUCAGUUGGCCAUUUCGUCACUUGCCCCUCAGGAUUCACCUGUAUGACGCAGGUCGAAGGUGCCAAUGGUUACUGCUGCCGAGGUCAAACCCAUCUGGGUGUCUCCGAUGGAUGUCCUCCAGGCGAAAUUGUUUACAUGGACAAAAAUGAGGUAAGGGCCAUAUGA